GGUCGCUGGCCUGACUUGCGGCAGGCGCGGGGCUGGAUGGCCCAGGCGGCUGUCGAGGACCUCGACGGUGGCGACGAGGACCUCUGGGAGGCGCCGGAGGCCGUCGUGCCCGCGCCCGUGGAGGACGGACCCGUGCCGAUCGUCCCACUGGCGGUGGGUCAGGGCAGAUGCUACUGCAGCACGGGCUACACUGCGGGCGGCCUCGAGCAGUGCCGGUUCGCGUGGCGGGCGCUGCGUGUCUCCAGCGCAGAGCCGCCGUUGCGCUUCGUGAAGGCCGAGUUCCUCUUCAGCGACGACGGCUACUGGGACUGGUGGGCCAGCCACCCUGGCCAGCCGAGCGCGAUGACGGCGCGCCCGUUCAUCCGCGUGUGCUCGGAGAACCCGUGCUCAGUCUUGGAGGGGCCGGGGACGUGCACCGAGCUGAUCCACGUGUCGGACGGGGCGGAGCUCGGCCUCGGGGACCUGCGGGCGCUGUUCGUCGAGUGCCAGGAGACGAACCCCGAGGCGGCUUGGCCAGCAGCAAGCCUCGGGCCGCUGGUCGCCGCCGCCGCCCCCGCGAGGCCCGCUGCGGUGGCCAAAGCGGCGGGGCGCCCACCAGCCGCAGCAGGUCCUCCCAGGGCCCCGCCUGGCGCUGCCCCUUUCGACGACUUCCUGAGCGUGAGAGGCUCGUCGCGCGGGCCUGGCUCAGAGCUGGCCGCAGGCGAGGAGGCGGCUGCCGCGGGCGGCCUGGGAGGCAAGCUCGAGGGUGCUCGUGUGCGCUUCGAGGAGGGGAAGCGGGCUGCUGGCGACGUCAACCUGGACGGCUCCCCCCUCGGCGCAGAGGCGGCUGGCGAGGGGCCCGUGAAGAAGCGGUCGCUCGGAGACCUGCUGGUCGAGCGCGCCGCGAAGCUCAAGAGGGCCGCCUCGGACGCGGCCCCCCGAGGGUCAGGAGACCCCGUGCCCGAUCGGGCGCUGCCAGGAGCUGGUCCGAGCGGCGGCAUGGCGGAGCUGGCGCAGGCGCUCGUGAUGGCCAUCCGCGAGGGCAAGGAGGGUCCCCCUGGCGACGGCGGCGGGGGCGGCCUCGGCUCCUCGGACCCCGCGGCGGUGCCGCGCGACCUGGCCACGAAGAGGGCCUUCUGUCGUCGGAUGGCCGCCGCCUCCCCAGGCCGCCUCACGGAGCUGAGCCUGCAGCAGAUGGCGGACUUCCUGGGCUCGCAGGAGGGGGAGGCAGCCGUCGACGCGACGGGCCCGAUCGCGCUGCGGUACCUCCUCACGAUCUACCUGCCGCAGCAUCCGGUGAAGGAGAUCGGCGUGCAGACGCACCGCGAGCUCCGCACCCUCGCGGAGGCGGUGGACCUGCUGAUGCAGGGGAAGGCGGCCCACGCCUGCGACCUGAUCGUCCAGCGCCUGAAGGCGCUGCAGGUGGCAACGACGGAUGGCUCGUGGGCGGCGGCGAAGUGGUUGGAGCUGAUCCCGCCGCGCGACGAGCCCACGGCCAUCCGCCGCGAGGAGGAGGAGCUCAUCCGCAGCAUCCAGCUCGGGGAGAUGAAGCUGGACGAGCUCUCCGCACGGCUGGCCUUCGCCGAGACGAAGGCUCCCGCGGCGGCUCCACCAGCCCCCCUGGCGGCGGCCGCGGGCGGGCCUCCCCCGCAGGCCGAGGGGUCGGCAGCCCCACCGCCGUGGAAGAUGUCCUUCGCGGAGAUGCGGAAGAAGUUUCCGAAGCAGCCGGGGGUGGCCGAUGCCUCCAUCAAAGGCGCGAGCCCUGCGAAGGGCGCUGGUGGGGGAGUCCGCGGCGUGGGCCAAACUCGGUUUACCGAGGGCGGAGAUCGUGCCACCCUAGGCGGGGGGGGUGAGGGCGUCGCGGAGCCCCCGCUGGCCACCGCGCUGCAGUGCUGGUCCGACGAGCUCUCCUUCGGCUUCGGCAAGAGCAUCGUCGCGGUCGACCUGGCGGCGCGGCUGGUGGCAGCAGUGCGACGCCACCCAGGCAGCCUCGGCCACUUCGCUCGGUCGUUCAGCAUGCGUGCGGACACAUUUUGUGGGAGCGGAGGGUCCUCGAACAGGAGGGUUCGGGACGCCCUGCCGCUUCCCCUUCCGUCGACCGAGGAGGUGGGCCGCUGGCUGGCCCACAGUGCCUUGCCCAAGGCACGCAGGUGCCGCCGCCGCGCCGUGGCGCGGGUGGUCAGCGAGCAGGCGUGGCUGCACCUCAGCGUGGUGGCGCUCAACUACGCGUUCUGCGGCCGCGCGCAGGAAGGCUGGCGCCACAAGCCGACCCUGUCGAAGGCGCAGACGCAGGUCUACGUGCACCUGAAGAGUCGAGCGGCGGCCCUGGCGGAGGACCCGCUGGCCAUGGUCGUGGUCCCCGCGAUCGACGAGCUGGCGGGCGGCUGCGGGUCAGCGUACGAGGGCGAGACGGGCGUGAAGGCCCUCCCCUGCCGGCUCUGCGAGCUGGCCCCUGGGCUGCCCGCGCGGGAGUGCGCUGCCACGCUCGACGCAAUCGUCUUCGUUGACGACGAGGUCGGCGCCUGGCUGCGCCGCCCCGGGCUGGCGCUCCUCGACCAAUCCGACUGGCCCGACCCGCUGCCGCGGGCCCGCGUGAACGUGGAGACGGAUGCGGACUGGGAGGAGCUGGCGCUGCACCUCGUGUCGCUCGGCAUCUUCACCACGCUCGCGGAGAGCGAGCUGGUCCGCGUGAGGGGCGAGCCCGUGCUGAACGGCCUGUUCGCGGUGGAGAAGAAGGGCGCUCCAGCGCCUGGCGCCACGCGGGUCACCAGGCUCAUCCUCAACAUGGUGCCAGGCAACUCGCUCCUGAAGGCCCACGUGGGCGAGGCGGCGCUGCUCGCGGCCUCGACGUCCUGGACGUCGGUCGUGAUCCCCGAGGGGAAGCUGCUGCUGUGGUCGGGCGACGACCAGAAGGGGGCCUUCUUCGUGUGGCGGGUCCCGCCCGCGUGGCACCCCUACAUGGCCGUGGGGCGGCCGCUCGCGGGCGAGCUGUUUGGUCGCUCGGAGCCCGUCGUCUACGUGACCUCGGCUGUCAUCGCCAUGGGCUGGUCGCUCGCGGCAGGCAGCGGCCAGGACGCUGGCUGGUGGCAGGUUUACAUCGACGACUUCGAUGCGCCGGAGAUCGUCGAGGAGGUUCUGGCGCGCAAGCUUGCGGGGGCCCCGAGCGACCUCCAGCUGCAGGUCCGCGCCAGCUACGAGAGGGCAAGCGUCUCCUUCUCGGCCGAGAAGGCGCACUGCAGGCAGCUGAGGGUCGAGCGCAUGGGCGCGGACGUCGACGGCGUCAGCGGGCGCCUCGCGGUCCCCGCUGCCAAGGCGCUGGCCACUGCGGGCCUCUGCUUGGCCGCGGUGCAGCGGCGCCUGGCCCCGUGGCGCGUGGCCAUGGCGGCCCUCGGCAAGCUCGCGAGGGCCUUCGAGUUCAGGCGGCCGCUUUUCGGGAUCCUGAACUCCGUCUGGAGGCUGGCUGCGUCCUCAGCGCAGGGGGCUUACCUGGACGCAGAGAUGGUGGAAGAGCUCCUCAUGGGCGUGAUGGUCCUGCCGCUGGCCGCCUCCUCGCUGCGGGCGCGCAUUGACGGCAUGGUCACGUCCUCGGACGCGUCGGAGAUGGGCGGCGGCGUGUGCACGUCAGCUGGCCUGCGCGAGGACGUCGCCGCCGCCUUGCAGGUGCCGAGGACGGUCCCCGAUCAGCUGGGGAUAGGGGCCAGGCUCCUCAACAUGCCCGAGGGCCCCGCCCGACCGUGGGCGGCAGCCAACCCACGCGUCCCCGCCAGGGCAGUCCGCAGGGUGUUGUCGGUGCUGCUCAUCGGCCUGUUCGACGGCAUCGGAGGCCUCGCCGUCGCCUUCUCGAGGCUGCCCGUCCGCAUCGCGGCCUUCGUCGCGGCCGAGACGGACGCCAAGGCGAGGCGCGUUGUCAGACUCCGCUGGCCAGGUGUCAUCGACUGGGGCGACGUCACCCGUGUGGGCAGCGAGACGGUGCGGGAUUUGUUCGAGGCGUUCGGCGGCCUCGUCGACCUGGUGGUGGUCGCAGCGGGCAGCCCCUGCCAGGACCUGUCACGCCUCAACGUCGGCGGGCGCGGCCUCAGCGGCAGGAAGUCCUCGCUGUUCCACGAGGUGCCACGCAUCCUGGCUCUCCUCGCCGCCGUCUUCAAGGACAGGCUCGUUUGGUUCGUGGAGAACGUGGCCAGCAUGUCCGACGCCAACGUGGAGCUGAUCUCGGAGGCGCUGCAGGUGAGGCCGACGCUGGUGUGCUCGUCGGUGUUCGUGCCGUGUCGCAGGCCGCGCCUGUUCUGGACGAGCUGGGGCGUCACCGCAUCGGCGCCUCUUCGGCUGACCGACCGCGGGGUCUACGACGAGCUGGUGGGCCCUGGCGUCCCGCUCAUGGACCUCGCGUGGGAGGACGAGGGCUGCUCUUGGCCAGGGAGACCAAGGUGCUUCCCCACGCUCGUCUGCUGCAGGCCUCAGCCCUCCUUCCCCUCUGCCCCGCGUGGCUUCGCGGCUGCAUCGGAGACGGCUCGUCAAAGGUGGGCUGCGGACGGGCACAGGUAUCAUGCGGCUUUGUACGAGGGCAAAACCAUGAUCUGCACCCCCUCGUUCCCUUUCCUGCGCAUCCCAACCAGCGAGGAGAGGGAGCGGCUCCUUGGCUUUGAUGUGAGGUACACCUCCCUAGCCACCAAGGGCUCGAACCCUCAGGACGCCUCCGACGCCAGGGCCUUCCUCCUCGGCAACAGCUUCAGUAUUCACGUCGUGGCAUGGUUGUGCCAGCAGCUCCUGCACCGCCGCGGCGCGCUGAACAGGGAGCUGUCGGUAGAGGAGGUGUCCCCCGUCCGCGUGUGCCGGGCGACGCGGGACCAGGCGGGGGCCUUCGUCACGGAGCCAGGAGAGCCGGACACCGCGGAGGCGAGGAAGCUGGUCCUGCACUACCUCAGCCGCGCGGAGAAGGGCGGGUCGGACGUCAGGCUGGACUACGGCGUCCCCUACCGCCCGCGAGGUUGGCCGAGGACGAGCCUGGGCCCGUUCGUGUGGAAGUGGCGCGUGGUGGUCAGCAUGGCGUGGCCUGGCCGGAGCUCCACCCACAUAAACGUGAGAGAGUUGCAGGCGGCCACGGCGGCGAUCAGGUGGCGCGCCCGCAAGGUCGCGCAGCGCGGGAGCAGGUUCUUGCACCUCGUCGACAGCCAGGUGGUCGCGGCCAUCGUGACGAAGGGCCGCAGCAGCAGCAGGAAGCUACAGCCCAUCCUGAGGCGCUGGAUGGCCGUCGUCGUGGCGGCCGACAUGCACCCACUGAUCGGCUACGUGGUCUCGGAGGACAACCCUGCGGACGAGCCGUCGAGGAUGCUGCUGUGGCGUGGCUCGAAGCCCAGGAGGCGAGGGCGACCCGUGCCGCGCGCGCGGCCGCUCACCGCAGGCCCGCUCCCGUGA